AUCCGCUGUGGUGAGAACUUUCAGGUAAAGCUGAGGGAUCCCUGGAAUCAGUCUCCCCGAGGAAUUUAACCGGGAAGGAACAGCCAAUCAGAUUUGUAACUCCCGCUGUCCACCCGAUCUGUCUGGGUAGCGAACAAUAGCCGGUCCCGGCCUCGUGGUAGUAAGAUUUAAGACUUUAUCCGUUGACUCUCGUCUGGCGUUCCGGCCGAGCUUCUCUGUGAUAAAACGUUGGGAGGAAAAUCCGUAAAAAUGAUGGCAACACCGAUAAUGGCGGAGCUUCAGGGGCCGGGGGGAGCCCAGGACGCUUUCACGGCCGCCGUCCAGCUGGAAUUGGGCGGAAAUCCGAACGCUCUAGCGUUGCGGCGCCCGUUCGAUCCUGUGGCGCAUCAAUUGGAUGCUACUUUCCGAUUGACACGUUUCUCCGACCUGAAGGGAUGAGGGUGUAAAGUCCCUCAGGAAGUGCUCUCGCGCCUCCUCGAGGGACUCCAACAGGACGAGAACAGCGCCCAGGAUCACGAGCACGCCCAAUUCCUACACAUGCCCAUCACGAGGAUAGGUAUUGGAAUGGACUCUUGUGUGACCCCUUUGAGACAUGGUGGGCUUUCCCUCGUCCAGACAACAGAUUUUAUAUAUCCACUUGUUGAUGAUCCUUAUAUGAUGGGCAAAAUUGCUUGUGCCAAUGUACUCAGCGACAUGUAUGCCAUGGGAGUUACAGAGUGUGACAACAUGCUUAUGCUCCUUGCCGUGUCAACAAAAAUGACCGAGCGCGAGCGAGAUGUUGUUACGCCACUGAUUAUGCGCGGAUUCAAGGAUUCUGCCAUGGAAGCUGGUACUACUGUGACAGGAGGACAGACCGUUGUAAACCCGUGGUGCACAAUAGGCGGAGUGGCAUCAACAGUUUGCCAACCCAACGAAUAUAUAGUGCCUGAUAAUGCAGUAGUUGGUGAUGUGCUGGUUCUGACUAAACCCCUAGGAACUCAGGUAGCUGUCAACGCACAUCAGUGGCUAGACAUUCCUGAAAGGUGGAAUAGGAUAAAACUAGUUGUAUCAGAAGAGGACGUGAGAAAAGCUUAUCAGAGAGCAAUGGACUCUAUGGCUAGACUGAAUAGAGUCGCUGCCAGACUAAUGCACAAAUAUAAUGCUCACGGUGCAACGGACGUUACUGGCUUCGGUCUUCUAGGGCAUGCGCAAACUUUGGCUAAACACCAGAAAAACGAAGUUUCGUUUGUGAUACACAAUCUACCUGUUAUCGCAAAAAUGGCAGCUGUCGCAAAGGCAUGCGGAAACAUGUUCCAACUCUUGCAAGGCCACUCGGCUGAGACUUCAGGAGGUCUUUUAAUAUGCCUACCACGUGAGCAAGCAGCUGCAUAUUGUAAAGACAUUGAAAAACAAGAAGGAUACCAGGCUUGGAUAAUUGGAAUCGUCGAAAAAGGGAUGAGGACGGCAAGAAUAAUCGACAAGCCGAGAGUUAUUGAAGUGCCAACUAAAGAAAAAGAAGGGGAACUGUGGUAGUACCCGUGUGCAACUAAAUGGAAACUUCCUGUAGAUUUAAGAUUUUUCAGCGGAGAAGAAAGAAACAAACUGUAUUUUCUAAUUGAAGUGAACUUAACACCUCAUCACAAAAGAAAAGGAGAGAACUGUAAUUUUAUAAGAUAUUCUAUUAAUUUUUAAGUAAUCGAUUGUUUUAAUAAUUAUUAAAUGAUGUAUUUUAGUACUUGUAUGGACUUUUUAUUAAAAUGUUACUGUUUAAUUUUAAUGGGGAGGGGCUAAAAUGCAACAAUACAAUUGCAUCAAUCGACUAGAAAAAGUGGCCUUUUUUAUAAUUAGAUUGUUUACAUUGUAAUUCGCCAUUAGGACAGACUGGUAUCAAAUUCAGCUAAGGCAUUGGCAAAGUGUAAUGCUAAUUACUAAUUGAUUCAUGUUUGGAAUUUGAUUAGUACAAAAAAAAAAUAGAACAAUCACUACUGA